AUUUAUUUUUCAUAUUGAAAUAUUGUCGUGAUAUUAUGUUGUUAUAGUCGCAAUUCAUAAUCCAUCAUCUCAAAGCGACCUUAAGCUUACACGGAUGUUACAUUUCGAUUGUAAUCAACUCGGCUAAUUUAUUCGUCACUUUAUUCCGAGAAUAAUACAUUAGAUCGUUUAUUAAUAAGUUACCGAGUGCCUUAAUACAGUUCUUACAAUAGCACCUCACUGGUUUUUACGGGAUAUUUUUUAUUUCUUAUUGAUUGUUUUUUGUUGCGAUUUUAGCAAACCACUCAUCAUUGUGUCAUCCGGCUCGAGAGAAAUCAGAGUGUUAUGUGAUUAGGUACAAGUGAUAAUAAUGAAGUGUCGAGUACUAGUAUUAAUUUUAGGCUUUUUAAGUAAUGUACUCGGUAUCUACGUAACGAAUUUGAACGAAAACUGUAUCCGGUGUCUAUGCCAUGUAGCAGGCUGUGACCUAUCUCAUACGUGUUCAGAUGGUUAUUGUGGACCCUUUUACAUAUCACGGGUGUACUGGGUGGAUGCAGGGAAACCCACGCUGCCAGACGAUAGCCCGGACAGGAAAGAAGCCUACGAAGACUGCGCCAGAGACUACUACUGUUCUGUCAAAAUUAUAGAGAACUAUAUGGCAAAGUUUGGAAAGGACUGCAAUGGAGAUGGAGUCACCAACUGCUACGACUAUAUGAUGAUAAACCACCAUGGUGGGAGAGCUUGCUCCUCGCCGCUUUUCCUCUCACAACUCGGUCUGCGUAGGCUGAAACUCUUUCAGCAGUGCCGUUUUAACUGAAGACUAUGUGAUAGAUUAUGAAAUAUUUUAGACAAAAUAGACGGUCUAUUAACAAAUAAGGAACUGCUGUUCAUGUCUAAAACAAAAACUAUUUUUUUCAUUAUCAUACAGUAAUGCUGCAACCCUUUCUGCCUCAUACCUCUAAUAUUUGCUUCAUCUUAUAUAUAAAAUUCUUGUGUCACGGUGUUAGUAACCGAACACCUCCGAAACGGCUCGACCGAUUCUCAUGAAAUUUUGUGU